AUGAAUGAAAAAUCUUGCUCUUUCCAUAAUGAGGAAGAAUUAAGAGAUGGACAGGUCAAAAGUGUGUCUGCUGGGAACUCUCCACCAAAGGACCAGGACAGCAGUGCUCUUCUGGCUUUCAGAGGAAUUCCUAUAUCGGAGUUGAAGAACCACAGCCUCCUCCGAGCCCUGACCACAGACACUAAUGGAUGGGCUCCAGGUGUUGUGAGCCCAGAGGUGCUCAGAGCCCAGGAAGAAUGGGAAGCCGUGCAGAACAUCCAGCCGGAUACAGGAAGCCAGACAGACCAGCCUGCACAGCUGAUCUCCUUCAGUGAGGCCCUGCAGCAUUUCCAGACCAUCGACCUCUCCUCCUUCAAGAAAAGGAUCCAGCCAACGAUUCGAAGGACUGGGCUUGCUGCCCUCCGGCACUGCCUCUUCGGGCCUCCAAAGCUCCACCAGGGCCUCCGUGAAGAAAGGGACCUGGUCCUGACCAUUGCUCAGUGUGGCCUGGAUAGCCAAGACCCAACACAUGGCCGAGUCCUCAAGACCAUCUAUAAGAAGCUGACUGGCUCCAAGUUUGACUGUGCCCUCCACGGAGAUCACUGGGAAGAUCUGGGCUUUCAGGGAGCAAAUCCAGCCACAGACCUGAGAGGAGCAGGCUUCCUUGCCCUCCUGCAUCUGCUGUACCUGGUGAUGGACUCAAAGACCUUGCUGAUGGCCCAGGAGAUUUUCCGCCUGUCUCAUCACCACAUCCAGCAAUUCCCCUUCUGUUUGAUGUCUGUGAACAUCACCCGCAUCGCAAUCCAGGCCUUAAGAGAGGAGUGUCUCUCCAGGGAGUGCAAUCGGCAGCAGAAGGUGAUCCCAGUGGUGAACAGCUUCUAUGCUGCCACUUUCCUCCACCUCGCCCACAUCUGGAAGACGCAGCAGAAGACCAUCGCCGAUUCAGGCUUUGUCCUCAAAGACUUGGAAGUGCUGGCCAAGAAGAGCCCACGGCGGCUGCUCAAGACCCUGGAGCUCUACUUGGCUGGAGUAUCGAAGGGACAGACCUCCUUGCUGGGAGCACAGAAGUGCUGUGGGGCACCAGCCCCUCACUCCAAGGACCUCACUUUCACAGGCGUGUGUGACCUGCCACCACACUCAUCCGAAGGCACGUGGCCGGCCUGA